AUGAAUCCGCAUCAGAAAAAUAAGAUUGACAUCAGCAAAUUGUCGGCAGAUGAGCAACGUCUGUUCAGACUCUAUGGCAAACUUCCAAACAAGAAAGACCUCUUGCAGAACAAGUUGAAGGAACGCAAGUACUUCGACUCUGGCGACUACGCACUUUCCAAAGCUGGCAAGGCCUCGGACACUGGCGUUACCACGAUCGGUACCGAACACCCCAAAGCCGAAGAGAUUCCGCAUAUGUCUCCGCUCACCCAUACCAUUUCGCGCUCCGACUCCAUUGCCCCAGGGACACCAGGCGCCCUUGCUACUUCUCCGGACAGCUUGGGCCAUACUACACAACUGCCACCCAUUCGCGGUGGAGGGCCGGGCGGGAUACAUAGGGGCAGUAUCAACGGGAUUCCCGGCGGCGGUUUGCCUGGCGCGACAAGCAGGAGCCCGAUAAAGGAGAGCAGUUUCCUGGCGCGAAGUGCGAGCAUGGAUGAGCAUGACGAGUCCUCUGAGCAAAGCCAGGAGAACAUGAUGGAGGGUAGUGUCAGUCCACCGGUGCAGAAGGCAGGGAUUCCGAUCCGGAGAUGA